UCCAUUUAUUGUGACAGACGGUGACUUGAACGAAUCUAAGCAGACUGGUCUUUUCUGUCAAUUCCUGUUGGUACGAAACCAAGCAGGUGAUAAUAAGCUGUCGAGCAGGAAGCUAACCAGAGAUGUACUAACAUGUGUACUGUCUACAAUUGUACUAGCAGGUGAAAAACCAGGCUGCCCACGGAGUGCAGAUAACAUUUUCUAGUAUCACGGACAUCGCGAGAAAUCAUGCCUACGUGCUUGUAGCUUGAAUUCUCUCAAACCCUAAUAUUUUCAAAGGUACGUGGAGGUUACUUCUCUGAGCAUAUGGAAGAGUGAACAAGUUUACAGCCGUUUUGAACCGAGAUACGUAUGGCUACAUCACAAAUACAGCCGUGGCUGUACGCCGGGAUUUUGAUCUAUCUCAGUUUUUGGUGUGCGCGAGCGAGCGACGCGCAACAAGCCGUAAAAUGGAAUGCGUGUGCUCAAACCAGCACCAGCACUUGGCAAGUCGAUUGGACUUUUCGAUAUGACGGAAAAACCUGGAAGGAUGCCAACAUAUCCUGUCGGUCUUUUGGCGGAUCACUGGCUACUGUUCAUACAAUGGCUCAGCUGACAUGUGCUAACUCGACAGCAAAGGGAACAUCCGCCACGUGGGUGGGCCUGACUGGUACAUGGAGCGCCGGAAAUUGGACUGCUUGGAAAUGGGAAGCUGCAUUGUCGCCCGUCACGGCACAACUUCCAUGGGCAUCACAUUUUCCAACGAUUCAGGAUGAUUACAUAUACGGAUAUUAUCAGCCAGAAAUUUUCAGAUUACGGACGUGGGACAAAAACCAUUCACUUCGUCACCUUUGUCAACGUUAUGUGCCUAAAGAUAACUGGUACUUAUGUUCACAGGAUCAAGAAGCAUCGGGAAGCCUCCAAACACUUUACAUUCCAAUACCUAAGACAUACGAUGAAGCGUCUGCUGAGUGUGUCCGAAGAGGUAGCAUUCUUGCAAAUAUCCAGAAUAGAUAUCAUGGAGAGUGUGCAGGAGACCUGCUUGGACCCCGAAACGGUCAGUGUAACAGUUCUUCAAGUGAUAACUGCAAGACUUCCUCGUACAUCUGCAAAACCAAUACAUGCAAUGUGUGGGUUUCUCUUCAACGACCAUCUCAAUCCAAAACCUGGACAUGGAUGUUACCUGUUCCAAUCUCAGCAAACAAUGUUUCUUGGAUUACUGCACCACUACAAGGAGGAGGUGGACGGAACGAAUGCGGACAUUAUUUCCCCGAGAAAGAGAGUUUUGGAAUCGAAUCUUGCUCAAUGAAGCUAAGUUUCUAUUGCCAAAGAUAUACACCAAAAGCGCCCUCCGCCAUAGCUGUCAACUCUACAGACACGCACAUCUACGCACGCAUAGUACAGCCUAAGAUACUUCGACAUUGGGUUUCUGAUUUCUGCUUUCUGUACGAGAAAAAUGGAACUGCGGCUACCCCGACGGUAGUGUGCGACAAAAAUGAAUCAACUGUUCUGUCAGGCCUGGCAACAAAUACUUUGUACCGGAUCAGAGCAUUCUUCAAGACUACGAUCGGACACAAUAGCAGCAUGUCCUCCGAAAUCAAAAUUGGAACAUUGCCGAAAGCACCAAAUCCGCCUCUCAACCCCGUCAUCUCAAGUACUACUAUCACGGUGUUUCUAGGGCAAAUAGAAGAAGGCAACCUUCCCACACGCCAGUAUUGUGUGCACGGAAUACCUGCUAAUGAUCUGUCCGGGAAUAUGCCAUUGGUACCAGUAUGCAGCGCCUCGAAAAAUGUCACCUUACCUGGCCUAAAACCCAACAUGAGCUAUAAUGUCAUUGCGUAUGUUAGCAAUGCCUAUGGAGACAGUGACCAGUCCAGCUCCACUCGCAUUACCACGUGGCCCACAGUGCCAUCUUCAACAACACCCCCGACCUCGGGCAAUGAAGCAAGCACCAGCGGGAUCAGUGUUGGAGGAUUCGUCGGCCUAGCUGUGGCAGGAGUCCUAACUGUAAUCCUGGCUGUAGCCAUGGCGGCCAACCGAAAAAGGAUUUCUCGCUGGUUCUCAUCGAAAGAUUUUACAGUUCCAGAAGAGAGGCCACAGGAAGCUGAUCCAAUUGAACUUAACCAGUACGAGGAUGUUCAACGCAAUGAUGAAGGAGAAGCCCACAGGCCGCAAGAUCACGAUGAACAGGCUGUUUCACAGGAGUAUUCCUACGCUGCAGUUCGUGCUCGUAUUAGAAACGAGAAAACUGCAGAAGCAGACACUGACGUGACGGUAGCAGAACACAGCCAUUACAAUGAGACAGAGGCGACAGCGGCAUCGGGAGCGAGUGCACUGGAGUAUACCUAUGCCACGCCUGUUAGUCGUAAAAGAGACGUGAAACAUGCAGAGUUGGACACAGACGCACAGGGAGAGGAGCACAGCGACAACAGCGAGGAACCAGCGACAGAGUUGGCCCAGUCCAAGAUUGGCUGUGAGAACGUGUUGGGCGAGGUUUUGUCACCGACUCAUGGAGAAACCAUUGAAAUCAAGUAUGCCGUUCUGGAUCGAUCAGAAAUGAAGCCAACUUCGCAGUUAACAAGAAGCCAAGAUCCCAAGGCAUCGGGAGCGAGUGCACUGGAGUAUACCUAUGCCACGCCUGUUAGUCGUAAAAGAGACGUGAAACAUGCAGAGUUGGACACAGACGCACAGGGAGCGGAGCACAGCGACAACAGCGAGGAACCAGCGACAGAGUUGGCCCAGUCCAAGAUUGGCUGUGAGAACGUGUUGGGCGAGGUUUUGUCACCGACUCAUGGAGAAACCAUUGAAAUCAAGUAUGCCGUUCUGGAUCGAUCAGAAAUGAAGCCAACUUCGCAGUUAACAAGAAGCCAAGAUCCCAAGGCAUCGGGAGCGAGUGCACUGGAGUAUACCUAUGCCACGCCUGUUAGUCGUAAAAGAGACGUGAAACAUGCAGAGUUGGACACAGACGCACAGGGAGCGGAACACAGCGACAACAGCGAGGAACCAGCGACAGAGUUGGCCCAGUCCAAGAUUGGCUGUGAGAACGUGUUGGGCGAGUUUUUGUCACCGACUGAUGAUGAAACCAUUGAAAUCAAGUAUGCCGUUCUGGAUCGAUCAGAAAUGAAGCCAACUUCGCAGUUAACAAGAAGCCAAGAUCCCAAGGUGGGUAUUGAAUCCUCCUUGUCAGUUACAGAAGUAGAGAAUAACUGGUGUGGCAAACCGACGCAAUGGGAUGAAGAAGAGCGUGAGCAUACGUCAUAUGCGACAAUCUCCAACCCCACCUAUGAUGUUGCAGGAGAUCUCCCAUCAAACACUGCUGACGGAAUCAAAGCCGAACACAUCUAUGAUGCCCCCGACAACCAUGGUGUUGUUCGUGACAGAAAGCAAGGUUGACGUAUCACCGCUUUCGACAUGCUUUCGAGUCACGACCAUUAGUUCAUUUCCACCUGUGAUCAACUCACUUGCAUGUUUCAAUCUCUCCCUACCACCACUCUCUUUUUUCUCUUUAUUUUCUCCCCAACCAUCCUUCCCUGUAACGUAAUGACAUUUCUGCUGCCUUGCAAUUGAGCAUUUGUGCUCGUUUGGAUUAGCGAAUUCAAAUAUAGUAUAAAACCGACAAACAAACGACUAUUGCCCCCCCCCCACCACCACCACCACGCCCCGAUCACUGAAUGACGUGUAUAUCUACCCCGGGCAGCGGUAUACAUUUUAUGGAGUAAACCUCUAUUCAUGUAUUAUUAUAGAAUGAUGAAGUUUUCUGGAAUGGCAAAUCAAAGCGAGUUGUUAUACCUGUAAUCAUUUCUUUCCCACAACCAAGAUAAGAUUCAAAAACACUGUUUAGGUGCCUUGCAUUGUUCAUACUUAGAUUGAAUAUAAACUUUGCAUUAUUGUUAGUUUUGUUUAUCAGUUCACAGCCUUACCCCAGAAGAUAGGUCUAGCUUUUGUCAGGGUGUGUGACAUGAUGCUUGCAGAUGAUCAUGUUUUAGCAGCACAGGAUUCUCUUUGUUCUGUAUUGAUAGAAACCGAUCUGUUCCCGAAGCUUAGCCAUACAGAUGUCAGGUACUUGGCCUGGCAGUUUGUUGUAACCUUUUUUUGGUGAGCUUUCUCUGUAUGCUACUGAGGCUCGGACUGGUGAUCGGAUUAGCAUGUUUGCAAUGCUCUGGACUAAAUGCCUUGUCGCUUUGUUCAAACUCUCGUGCUUUAUAAUACUGUAGAAAAAAUACUGCCUCUCGCAGCUUCAUUACACAUAAAACAAUUGCUGAUAGGCAACUCACCUAAACUCAAUCCAGUAGUUAUUUGAACGCAUCAUUUCCAGUUGCUAUCGCUAUACAGUCUGUUUACAAAUUAUUAUUAGCCUUCGGUCACACUGAAACAAGCACUGCAUUUUAACACGCAUUGCAGCAGUUGUUUCGGCGCCUCAUGUAUGUUUGGUAUAUCUACGCCGUCUUUGCA